UGCGACUACGUUUAUUGCACAAAAAUAAAUGUCGUAAAAUAUUUUGUUAUUUUGAGAAACAUCUGUUCUUGUUGCAGAAUAAACAAUUGUUAUUGUGUUGAUCUAAUCGGUGAGGUGUUAAUUAAGAUGAGGUUAAUUAUAGAGAACACGGCAGCGGAUGUAGGCUUUUGGGCAGCCAAGUAUAUCAAGAGGAAAAUCUUGGACUUUAACCCUGGACCAGACAAGUACUUCACCCUGGGACUCCCCACUGGUAGCACCCCCAUGGGGACCUACCAGAAGCUGAUAGAGUUCUACAAAGCAGGAAAACUGUCUUUCAAAUAUGUGAAAACAUUCAACAUGGACGAAUACUGUGACAUUCCACGGGACCACCCUGAGAGCUACCACUCGUUCAUGUGGAACCACCUGUUCAAGCACAUUGAUAUCGAGCCCGAAAACGCUCACUUACUCGAUGGCAACGCUCCAGACCUGGACAAGGAGUGUGAGGAGUAUGAGCGGAAGAUCGUCCAGGCUGGCGGCAUACAGCUCUUCUUAGGAGGUAUUGGCCCUGACGGUCACAUAGCCUUUAACGAGCCGGGCUCAAGUUUAGUCUCAAGGACACGCGUAAAAACCCUUGCUCAGGAAACCAUUAUUGCCAACGCCAGGUUUUUUGGGGGCGAUAUAGCAAAAGUACCAACUAGGGCCUUAACUGUUGGCGUAGGAACUGUGAUGGAUGCAAAAGAGGUAAUGAUCCUGAUAACUGGAGCCCACAAGGCAUACGCCCUACAUAAGGCGAUUGAGGGUGGAGUCAGUCACAUGUUCACAGUCAGCGCGUUUCAGAUGCACAAGAACACGAUCUUUGUAUGCGAUGAGGACGCCACAAUGGAGCUGAAAGUGAAAACUGUCAAGUACUUCAAGGGACUGCACAAUCUACAUGAGAAGCUGAUAGAAGAGAAAUUGUGAAAUCCAUCGAUGUUCUAUCUUAUGGUAUUCCAGAAGUUAACAUGGAAUCUUUCCAUUCCCGUUUUUUUUGUAUAUCCUGGAAACCGUUUUACCAGGGUUUUAAAAGAUUAAUGUAUGAUGGCUUUAAAAAUAUUGUAUAUUUUAUUCAAUUGAAUUCGAGAAUUUUCACUAGAAUUCUUUUCAGUCUGUUAUUUUUUAUCUUCUUUGGUGGAAUGUUUUUUAAUAUAGUGUCUGAAGCUAAUAAAUUUUCCUAUAAUUUUUUUUUUUAAUUGUAGAGUAUUGUUUUUAAUGUCACUUUAAAAGGGUUUUUUUCUGAAAAAAAUUGUCUGUAUUUUUGUCUUUCCUGUAUUGUUGAGGAUUUAGUGCAAAAAACUCUUGUAUCUGCUUCACAUUUCUAUUUAAGAAAGGUUUUUUUCACCAUUAACCCUAUGUAUUUUUUUUUACAAAGGCACUUUAAUGUUUGGUCUGAAUAGUUUUGAUCUCUCUACUGUGAGAUAAUAAAUGACUACAGGUGCUAUGGUUGACAUUGUGGUUUCCAAGAGUUUUAAGUAAUCUCCAGCCUGGGCGAUGUUUCACUGUGUAAGUAAAUUGAGGAUUAAAUGUGAAACUGGUUGAAGGACUUAUUGGUUGAAGCACUUACUAUGUGAAACUGGUUGAAGCUCUUACUGGUUUUAAAUUCAGGGCUCGAAAUAAUUAUCGUUUGGGUGCAUUUUGUAUGCAGAGUGUUGUUGUUUUUUUUCUCUUCUGACAUUGUUUUUAGGUUAUUACUGUAUGUUGUCUUAGGAUUAUUUAUCCAAGGUGUUUCAUUCUAUAGAACAUGUUGAAAUUUAACGAAAAUGUAUAAGAUAUGUUAACAUGCAAUUUAAAAACAAGUGUGUAUGUAGGAAAUGAUGUUAUCUUAUAUGCACAUGUGUAGUGUAAGAGUUAUUAUGAAUUAUACUUGAAAAAAAACGUUAGGUUAAAACACAUGUAUUAUAAUAGUUUUCAGUCUAACAAUACAGGCCUUCGGGUUGAAAUGAAGGUAGUAUUUUGAAUCUAAAGGGUGUUUUAUUUGACUGUUUUUGUAAUCUCAUGUGAUCACAACAUGCUUAUGGUGAGCUUUUGUUGUGGCCUGUUGUCCUUUGUCAGUCUUGCUUCGGCAACCUUAACCUUCUUAAGACUGCACAUGUAUUAAGGUCACGUGUUGUGUCCAUACAUUGUCAGAACAUUUUUUCAUGUAUAUAUAGUAAGUGUUUAAAAUAGGAUUAAGUGGAGCAAACAUUCUCAGACACUUUUGAAAACAAAACACAAAACAACUUAUAAUCACUUCAGAAUUGUAAUUUAUUGACCAGUCUUCAUUAAAUGUUGUCUAUAUAAUGUCAAAACUGAAUUCAAACAAUUAAGUCAUGUCGGGUGAAAUAACUCGGUCACUAGGUCAAGUUAAAAAAUGCUUGUUAAAAUCUCUUGUCCAAAUUCUUCAUGAAACAUGGUCUGCAAAUGUAUCCUAAUUAUAAUGGUAUCUAGGUCAAGUUCAUAACUUGACUCAAAAACUGGGUCACAAAUUCAAUUUAAGAAAAAGCUUCUUAAUGUGUAAUUAGUCCCAAUCAUUAACAAUCUUCAUGAAUUGUGGUAAGACCAAUAACUAGGCCACCAAGGACAUAAAGUAAAAAGGUUGUUAGUUACUAUUGAAGUCACACUUUAUUGCACAAUUAUCAUGAAACUUUGUAAGAAUAUUCGUCCAAAUGAUAUAUAAUUUAAAUUCAAAACCAUGCCAUGUGGGGUCAAAAAUUUACAAAGCAAUAGAUCAACAAUUUUUGCCAAUAUGCAUUUGAGAUAAAUUUUAUAAUUUUAUGCAUUUAUAUAUUUGUAAUGAUUUACUUGCAAUAGCUUCUUUGAUAUUCAAAAUAUAAUUAUGCAAUGUUAUGUUUUUGUGUAUUUUGAGUUCUGUUUUUUUCCAACUCAAAUACUGCAAACUUAAAAAAUUCACAAAAUGAAGUCAUCAAAAUUGUCUCAAUUAAUGCUUUUUCAUGCAUUUGUGUAGUUUUUAUAACAAAAACUACACAAAUGCAUGAAAAAGCAUAAAUCAAGAUCAAUAUAAAUGUGGUCAAAAUUUUUUUACUUGAAAGUGUUUUAAUCCUUAUACAUAUAACACAUUUUUUCUUGGAAAACAUUCCAUAUACUUCCCAUGUAUUCAUGUUGUAAGAAUCUAUGAUAUUAAGCAUCAAAAUAUAUCAACUAGAAAAAUAGUUUAGUAAAAUAUCAUGAUAGUUUACCUUUUCUUUUUGAUAUUGCUUACCCCUUGUUUUUUAAUGUGAUUUAAGUUUUAUAAUCUUUUGUACAUCUUUGAUUAUUCUAAGCUAAAACGCGUAGGUAUGCAAAAAUUAUAGGCGUCAUUCUGUCCUGGUAUGUGUGUGUGUACAUGUGGGUGCUUCUGUCCCUCACACAUUCUGUGCUACUAUAUUUUGUGUGGGAUUUACAUUAAACUUUUACAGAAAGAUUAAUAUGGCACUGCUUUUUAAUGAGUUUUUGUCCUUUCUUGAAUAUUCCAUGAUGCCAGUGCCUUGUUAUUGCAGUUUUUAUGCCCCUGGUAGGGUGGCAUAUAGCAGUUGAACUGUCAGUCUGUUUGUCUGUCUGUCUGUCUGUCUGUUUGUGUGUCCCUCCGAAAACUUUAUCUUUGGCCAUUACUUUUGCAAUAUUGAAGAUAGCAACUUGAUAUUUGGCAUGCAUGUGUAUCUCAUGAAGCUGCACAUUUUGAGUGGUGAAAGGUCAAGGUCAUCCUUCAAGGUCAAAAGUAAAAAAAUACAAUCCAAGGGUAGUAAUAAGCUUUAAAAGGGAGAUAAUUUCCAAACCUGCCAAAUGAUAUAUUGAAAUUUUAUUUCAAAGCGGCGCAAUAGGGGGCAUUGUGUUUCUGACAAACAUGUCUCUUGUUCUGUUGUUGUUUUUGUUCAAAAAUUAUAUUGCAAAUUCUUACUGUACACUUUUUACAACAAUGCACAUGAGAUACACAACGCAGGGAUUGACUGUUUGUGACAGCUUCUUGUUGUAUAUUGUAUAAAAUGAGCCGCGUUCUGAGAAAACUGGGCUUAAUGCAUGUGCGUAAAGUGUCAUCCCAGAUUUCCGCCUAAACUUGAUUUUCGGAAAGGAGGGACUUCCUUGAAACUAAAAAUACCAUAAAAGUGUUGUCCCUGAUUAGCCUGUGCAGACUGCACAGGCUAAUCUGGGACGACAAUUUACACUCAUGCAUUUAGCCCUCAGUUUUCUCAGAACCCGACUCAAAUAUUCAGUUUAUGCUACAUACAUGUAUCGGUGCUUAUUUAUUCAGGUGAACUUAAGUGUUUCAGUUUGUUUCUUUAGUUUCAUAAAUGUGUCAUUACUAGGUUCAAAAUUUAAAUGAUUAUUUUAUUGAUAUCUGUUAUGGCACGGUUUCAAUCUGCAUACAUGUAUUAAUAUAAUGAUGCUUGACCGAAAUGUAUACAUUCUGCGACAUUUGUGCUAGUUUAAAAUGCAUGCGUUUCGAUUUGUUAUUUUUUUCAGAUUUUAAGUAAUGUCAGUUAAUUUAAAUCAAUGGACAUGAUAAAAGUACUAAAAAAAUCAAGCAUAGACUCUUAUAAUUAACUGCCAUGGAAAUAACUAAGAAAUCUACUUUUUUAUUGCCAGGUGACAGGGUGACAAAACUUUUUAUUUAUUUUUUUUUUAUUUUUUCCUGAGUACUUACACACACAUCCACAUUUUUUUCUAUGUCCAGAAAGAUUAACAGUGGUAUUUCAAUGGUCGCCAGGUGUUGUCUCAUGAAGGCUCAAUAUGCUGAAAAGUAAGUGAUCGGUCACAUGUACAUGCUUCCAUUUUUCAUGUUUUCCAUAAUUUGUUUUGUACAAACAUUCCAUUCUUAAGAACUUACUGUCUGCAAAUUAGGCAUUAUAAUUAAAAAAAACGGCCGGCAUAUGUUAGUGUCCAUUGUCUUUCGAACUUCAGGUAUGAUACAAGUGGAAAAACUUGUGGUGUAUGUUGGAGUGGAAAAAAAAAAUGUUGCGUAUCUUCAUAUGUUUUCAAUUUGCAUUUUUGCAUCAGUAUGCAUUUUACAUUUAGCUUUCUUAUGUUUGAAUAUCAGUUAUAACAUUCACUUGUAAAAGUUAUGUAAUGAGCAUAGGACUUGCUUUUAUCAGCUUUAUUUUAAAACAGCAGACAUUUUUUUAACAAAAUUGUAUCUAAAUGUCUGUAACAAAUCACAAGAAAUGCAUGUUUCAUAGCAUUUUGAUAAUAAUAUUUUUAAACUGUUAAUGUUCUGUUAAUGAACGCAAAACUAAAAUUCAUCUUUUUUUUAAUCUAUAAAAUCAACAACUAUAAAUGAUACUGUGUUAGUAUUUUAAUGUAUCAAUGAAUUAACUUUUUACCCCGUAUAGACACAUUUUGACGCAUUUGAAGUCCUUUAGCAAAUCACAUUAAAUUUAAGACCUUUCUUAAUAUAUUAAAGUUUGAAAUGUUUCAUUUCCAACCCUUAGAUACUGAUGAGCAUCAAACAGCAUAAAACCUGAACAGACUGCGAGUUACUCCCAUGCUGUUCUGGUUUUAUGCUGGUUGCAAAAGCCAUUUUCACUUUGCUUCUGAUGGGAAAGUGUCAGGGGGACACCACCAAUCUCUUGCCACUUAUUGUACCUCAUACCUCAACAUUUAAACUUGCCAGAGAUGUCAUUGACCUUCAUUUGAUCUUGUUUUUAAGACCAUGAUGGUAUAAGUAGAGACAAUGUGAUUUUGUUUUAAAACAUUCAUUACUCAAGUGAAAGUCGGAUUGAAACAAACAUUCAUAUACUUCAUAGUAUUUACAUGUAUUUCUGUCAGGUUGAAAUAAGCUAAAAGCAAAUGUAUUGUGUCAUCUUGUUGAACCAAUUACAGCUUGUUAACUUUCAUAACUUAUUUGCCGAAAAUGCAACAGCACUCAACUGCUUUAGAACGAUGAUUGUUAACUGAUACUUGCAUGCAAGCAGUCACUUUUUGUCAAUCUUAAAGUUAAAAAUGAAUGCAAUUUUGUUAUUUUGGGGAAAAUAUGGUCUUCACUUACUUUUCCAGGUAUUUCGUUUUUUGUAAUGUUUGAUAUUAUGGAAAAUAACAGAUAAUAAUUAUUUAAAAUUCAUUGCGGAAAAGUAUAAUAAAUUGUUUUACUUGAAAGAAAUCAACAAAACAUGUUAGUUUGAUUUACCACGGUUCCAUAACAGGUUUUUGUUUAGACGAGCACAGAUUUCCAAAGAGUGGGUUGGGCUUUGCACUCACUAGGCCAACAGGGCUAGAAGCGUUUUGAGGGCAUUAUAACCCCCUGGUAGGAGUUGAAGUCAAAUAUUGGUCACUCUACCAUCAUAUGCAUACUUGUCUAAUUACAGCAACAACAGAAAAAUAUAUACCUAAUACAGAACUGUUUUGUAGACAAUUUCUUAAAGCUGUCGAUCUCUGUCAUUGCUUGUAGUCAGGUGAAUGCUUUUGGUCAUCAUGGCGCUCUUGUUCAAUAGUUCUAGUAUUUGUAAUGAGUGCAAUAUUACCGGUAGUUAUCUUCAUGUGUGCAUGUAUAGGCUAGAAAUCAACAGGGAGAGAUCUGUAUGUAUGUAGUUACUAUCAUGUUAUUUGUUAUGAAAUGCACAACCUAGUCUUCAUUUUGCAGCUUAAAUGAUUUAACUUUACAUAUGACAUAUAUCUUUCGUUAACUAUCACAUGUUGUGCAGUUUAACUGAAUUUUCAGAUAUCAACACUUUUUUAUCUGCAUUAUUGCAAUUACAAACUUUUUAAUUUGUUCAGACAUGAAAGCAUGCAUUGCCAAAUAGCAAAGUUCUGUCAUACACUUUUUGCCAUGACUGUUACAAAGAUAAAAUAUUUUGAUAUUUGUUGCCAUUCUUAUAAAGUCAGUUUUCAAAGAAUUUUUUACAAGAAUUAAAUUUUAGCAGCCAGAACAUUGCAUUGUCAAUCUUUAAGUAUGUCAGUAUUGUUAGUGCCUCUGAAGUUUGUGUCAGCUUAUUCUUCUCUAUAUUGAACUUAUUGCUGUACUGAAUAUCUGCUAUCUGGUCAACAUGGUAUAUUUUUAAGAAUUGUGAUCUAUUUCAUCAUGGUCUUUAUUCUUAAAAUGCUGUAUUAGGUGAUGUGCUAUUUUGUUUCUAUUUAGUUACAACCAUAUUAGGCAAAAUUAUAUGUUUGUAUUUAUAUUCCUAUUCCUUAGUACUUAAAGGGUAAACCCUG